GUACUGACCAUUGUCAUUGUUGCUGUGACGACAACUGAACAACUCAUUCACUGCUCUGACUGCAGCGAGAAAGCUGUCACCCCUGUUGGUUUCUGGAAAGCCAGUUGUCCACCAUCUUGCGCCAGCCCACUUUUAGUAUUUGUCAACUCUAAGAGCGGAGACAAUCAGGGAGUAAAGUUCCUCCGAAGGUUCAAACAGUUAUUAAACCCGGCUCAGGUCUUUGAUCUUAUGAAUGGAGGUCCUCACCUUGGUUUACGGUUGUUUCAAAAAUUUGACAAUUUCCGUAUUCUGGUUUGUGGAGGAGAUGGAAGUGUUGGAUGGGUUUUAUCUGAGAUUGAUAAAUUAAAUCUACACAAGCAGUGCCAGCUUGGAGUUCUGCCACUCGGAACGGGAAAUGAUCUGGCGCGGGUCCUUGGCUGGGGCGGCUCGUGUGAUGAUGACACACAACUUCCACAGAUUUUGGAAAAAUUGGAAAGAGCCAGCACCAAAAUGUUAGACAG